CGUUGCACAACAUAACCAUGCUGAACUUUGCUACUGUUGUGGUCCUCCUGGUUAUUUCCCUCGCGGCUUUGCAAACAGAAGGAAAAAUCGAGCCGAGGGCAUCUCCCUUCUUUCAUAUGAAGAUGGGACCAUGCAGGAUAGGAUGUGCUCCAUUAAACUAUCACUUCUUGUUCCUCCUCCAUCUUCACCGCUACAUCCUGCUCCUCAGGCAUCUCCGCCUCCAGGCCCCAUCCAGCAAACCUAUCCACAUCAUCCUCGACCAACUGGCCCAGAAGCAUACAAGUCUUACCCACAUUGCGACAACAGUGGAGGAUGUCGAGGGAGCAUAAAAAAUAAAAAUCUAAAUAAAAUAGAUGUCAGUCCGGUUAUCUCAGUAGGAGAAUGAGAAGGUUAAAGUUCCAAGACAUCCGGGCUUUCCGAUACGAGAAAUAAAUCUUCUGAUUGCAUGUUUAACUGGAAUAAUAAUG